AUGAAAAAACCAGUUAUCCAUGCUCUUGUAUGGAUGAAUUUUGGAGCCUUAUGCAUAUCUGAUUUAAUAAUACCGCAAAUAUUCAAGUUCCUUUAUGAUCAUGAAAAAAUAUGUGGCGAUAUUUUUUUCGAUUCUAAUUGGCUUCCGUCACAUAAAGCAUGUAAAAUAAAUUGUCAGAUUACUCGAGAAUUAUGUAUGAGAAAAAUUGAAGCAAUUGAUAUCGAAGAAAAAUGCCAAAAAUUGCCCGAAAUAUGUUCAAUGCAAUUGGAAGUGUUUUUGCGGGAAAACUUCGUUGAAAAAUCGACAUUUAAUGAGAAUUUGGUUACACAUGCAUAUGCAAGAGAAAAUUUUGAAACUCUUCCUCAAAUUUCAUUUAACGCAACUUUUUACGAUAGGAAUACAGUAUCUAAGUCGACUAUGCAACAUCAACAUGUAUGA